AGUAAAUCUGUGUUAUUCUUUCAAUUUCAGUGUUAUUAAAUACCCUGCUGGGAAACUGUUUACUGUUUACUAUGCUUUAAAACCUCUAUCUCCAAAGUAUCAACUUCGUUUCAGUGGUUUAUGUAGUAGUCGUUUUGUGUAACUAUACAUUAGUUUGUGCAGUUUAGUGCUAGCUAUAUAGGGUCUACGGCUUCACAAAUGGCUCAAGAAAAUGGCUCAGAGUUUCAAGAUAAUUCAUUCCCUCGUAUCCUCCUUCACAAACUUCACUGCUCACCACGUGCCAUGUGCCUCACCUCCAAGCCAGUGAUUGUCCUCCUGGUGUGGGUUUUUGUAGUGGCUAGUCUCUUUGUGUGUGUUCAAUAUGGAGUAGCACUGGCUCUACCAGCUGCUGAUCAUGGUUACAAUCCUGCAAAACUAUCCUUCAUAUAUUUCACUUGUUUUUAUGCAUUCAUGGCUGUGAUUACUACUUGCUACCCGGUGAGUGGAUUUAUAGCUGAUGUAUACUGUGGCAGGUACAGAAUGGUCACUGCCAGCAUGGGAUUUUUAUGGGCUACUGUAAUAAUGCUAGUGAUCGCAGUCAUCAUAAAGCUAAGCACCCCCCAUGCUCCACACCAAUUGAAUGUAUUCAUAGGCGUGCUUGUAAUUGGUGCUUUUCUGGUAUCAAUUCCUGGACUCUCUGGGUUCUAUUCCAAUAUGAUACAACUUGGUCUUGAUCAGCUCCAGGAUGCACCCAGUCGAACACUUGGGAUAUUUCUACAUUGGGCUGUGUGGGUAGAUCUACUGGGAAAGACUAUUAGUCAUAUAGUGUUUGUUACAACAGUUUGUUCUACACUUGGUUUUGGUGACUCUAUUAAGAUUGUCGGUUACUCCCUUUCUGGUGUAUUUUUCACACUGUUAUCAAUAUUGUUAGCAAUCAGUUGUUGUACUAAACGUUGGUUCAUUGCAACUGAUGUGUAUUACAAUCCGUACAAAAUGGUUUUUAACGUUCUACGAUAUGUGCGAACUCACAAGCAUCCCACUCACCAUAGUGCACUACACUGGACAAAUGGAGAGAAACCAUCACGAUUCGACUUUGCCAAAAAUUGCUAUGGUGGCCCAUUUACUUCCGGUCAAGUAGAAGAUGUCAAAACUCUUUGUCGAGUGGUAAUUGUACUGAUAACUAUUGGACCAGUUUUUUUUCUCUCUGUACCGACUUCAUACUUUCUCUUCCCACUGUUUUCCUUCCACGUGUCCGGUAGAAACGAGGAAAAAUGCACUUAUGAAUGGAUAUUUGUCAAAAGUGGAACCUUGAGCUACCUCGUUGGUCUUGUGUGUUUGCCAACGCUUACCUGGGUUAUAUAUUGUGUUUUACGGAACAGAGUACCUAAAAUUUUCACUAGACUCGAGAUAGGAAUGAUUUUUUCAAUCCUUGGAGUAUCCAGUAUGCUCAUCAUCGAUAUAAUUGGUCAUAAUCUUACGAGCGAUUCUACUAACAGUACAGGUACACACUGUAUGUUUCUUGAGAGCUAUAACCUCAAUCGAGAGGAUAACAAGCAUUACUACACACUGAAUCUUCCAUGGUAUGUCUUAAUUGUCCCCAAUCUUUUGAGCACGCUAUCCGAAAGUAUUGUUAUUGUGACCACUUUCGAGUUUAUUUCUGCCCAGACCCCACAGGCAAUGAAAGGUUUGAUGUUUGGUGCGUUCCUUGCUAUCAAAGGUAGCUACAGUUUUUUGGCUGCCAUUUCACUAAUUCCAUUCUCUCUGAAAUACUGGGAAGCCUCUCCUUACCCAUAUCUUAGCUGUGGAUUUAGUUACUUCUUCACCACAUUGUUUGUUUCAUUAGUAGGGCUAGCUAUGUUUGCAUGCAUCAGAAGACGGUACAAGUAUCGAAUGAGAGAUGAGGAACCAUUCCCUCAGGCCGUUAUUGAGGAGAUUUACGAGCGAAGGUUGCAGCACGUUGACACUGACGACAAUAGUGUCCUGGACAGUCCUGAGAUUGUUCCUGGAAGCAUUGAGAGAAGGAGUGGUGAUAAUGUAAAUACGUUUGCUGCUCAGAAGAAUGUUAGAUUUCGGGAGAGUGAAGAAGACAGCGUGAUCUCUGCACAUGUGUCUUGUGCUGGAGGGACGGGAUUUGAUCACGACAGACUGUUGUCUAAGUCACAUGACUGGUACGGAACAUUCAAAUGCAAAGAUAGUGCCGAAGCUUAGCUGUGUACCUAUACAUUGACUAUAGCUGGCUUAUAUUUUGUUUUUGUUUUGUGGAAACUUAUCGUCAACUUCAAUUCAAGAAGCUAAUAAUUAAUCGA